GCAGGGUCAGUUCACCUCUCUGUGUUCAGGACAGACAGACAGAAGACAGGCAGACAGGACAGACGGGUGUUUGGUCUGUGUAAAAGUUUAAAAGGUGUUGAGCGGGAUGACAGAACAGUGUGUGAACCAGCAGGAAGACGCCAGGAGGCGUAACAGAGGAACUGCAAAGCAUGAGGACAGAGAUCUUUCCGAUGUAGACAACAUGGAGGAGCGUCAGAGAUUUGAGAGGAUGGUCAACGAGCAGCAGGCCAAUGAUCCUGAGCAACAGGAGCUGUCAGGCAGGAGGAAACCAGCUUUAGUCAGAUCAAAGACCUUCGACCACUCUCUGCUGACUCAGGUCCAGCCAGAAUUAGACUCCAAGAUAGAGAGGAAGAAGUCUCACUACAGCCAGCUUUCGAAGGGCAACUGCCAGUACCAUAAAAUAUUUAAGGAGAUCAGCAAAGAGGAACAGCUGAGACAGAGUUACACCUGUGCUCUGCAGAAAGACAUCCUCUACCAGGGACGAAUGUUUGUCUCUGACCACUGGAUCUGUUUCCACUCCAAGGUGUUUGGCAAAGACAUAAAGAUCGCCAUCCCAGUGAUGUCCGUCACCAACAUCAAGAAAACCAAAACUGCCAUCUUGCUGCCAAACGCUCUGGUGAUCGCCACCGCUAAUGACAGGUAUGUUUUUGUGUCCUUCAUGUCCAGAGACAACACCUACAAGUUCUUGAUGUCCAUCUGUCUUCACCUGGAGGAGAAGAGUCCGUGCAGCAGUCCCGUCCCCUCCUCAGCAAAGAACAGCUUCAGGGGUCAAAGGUCACCUCAGUCGCCUCACUUCCCUCUGAGUUUUCCAGGUGAUUUCUGUGAUCUGGACGUAGCAGUGAGUAAGAAGAGACAGGAGAUGGAGGAGAGCAGCAGCUCGGACUCCCAGACCCCCGACUACGACAAGAUAGCAGAGUUCCCCGUUCCUCAGUUCCUGGAUGUGUUGAAGCACAAAGACAGUGCGGCCUCAACUGAUCAUCCAGACCAAAAAGUGAAGACCCAGCAGCAGAACAAGCAGCAGAACCAGCAGCAGAACCAGCAGAGCUCAGAAAAAAAGCAACACGACACACGCCACGCUGGCUCAGGGCUGGUGAUUGACAGCCGGACUCUGAAACCAGUUUCUCUCAACACUCUGCUGUUCAUCUACCUGUUAUUAGUGUGUGUCCUGGUCUUGUCUUCCUGUUACCUGGCCUUUAAGAUCAUCUCGUUGGAGCAGAGACUGACGACGCUCGGCUCCGUCGCCGAGUUCACCCACCACGAAAAUGAUUUUCUGCGGGGAAGUGACGUUAACACGGAGCUUUUCUCUGAACUACUGACCAUCAACCUGAUGAAGCUGGAGAAGGUCGGUACAGAAGAACCUGCAGAGACUGCUGGAUGAAGCUGCCUGAAUGUACUGGAAACCAGUAUAUUGUGCUGUAAACAGUUCUGUACAUAUACUAUAAAUAUGUUGCUUACUAUGGUAGAUAAACAGGCAAUACUGAGAUGUAUUAAUAUAUUAACAUAAAGGGCUUGAAAAUGAUGAUACGCACAAAAACUUUAUAUUCUGUUGAAGGGUCCAGUGUUUCACCUGUAAACCAGGUCCAGCAGUGAUGUCACGGUGUAGCCUACUGACACCCCAUGGAGUAUACACUUCUACAUCCUUGAGGAAGUUGAACCACUGGUCAGCAACAGCACAUAACUACCAGCUGCAGUUACAGACCAAUCUGAUUAACUUUUCAUUGGCUGAAACAUGAUACAAUAGUAUACAAUAGUAUUACAAUAGCACUGCAUCUGCGUGAUGUACAUCUGACGAAAUGUAGUAGAAAUAGCAGUUUUGGAAGGCAGUAACAGUACUUUAAAUCUGUUUCUCAGUGGAACAAAACCUUUGUUCAGCUCAUGUUGCUGUAUUUAUUUUUAAAGUUUAAAUAAGACGUUUUUGACCUGUUUUUCGGUCACAUUGAACUCACUUCUGUUUACAGUAUUGCAAAUCUGAAGGGAUCAACGUGGUGUUCUAUGGUCUGGAUUUAUCUUUUGACUUUUGACCAGUUUCAUGGCUGACAUAUUUCUGGCCACAUGAUUCCAUUUAAGACUAAAAACCAGUGCAGGACUUCAACCCUCUUCAUAACCCUUAACUGGGUUUUCCUCAUGUUUAUCUCAUGCUGUCUUCAAGCUGUACUUCAUUUCUAAAAUAAAAAUGAAAACAGCAUAAAACCUACAGUGCAAUUGAGGAGGACGUUAGCUGCUACCUCUGCCGUUAUGGGGACUCUAAUAGUCCUUAUCUUUCACAUUUACGUGAACAUAAGACACAGGUUUAUACAUUGCGUCCAUGUCCCUGCUGAGCACAACACAAGCUGGUCAGUUGUCUAGCAGGUCAAACCACCUUGUAGUUUUUCACAUUGUUGCUUCACUGUGAGCAUCGUGGUCCUUUAAUCUUCUACAUUUCCCCGCCUGCAUUGUUUGGUUGUGCGUUGUAUCCCUAUUUUUGCAAGAUGUAUUGUAGUCAUUCAUUCUGAAUAAAAUCCCUGAUGCAUUCAGAAAGUGCAUUCAACAAUUUUACUACUUCCAGUGCUUCCCCCAUAUUGUUACUGACAGUAAUUUAUAUGACAGCCACCAUAAUUAAACUUAGUAUGUGUAUUAUUUUGAUGUUUUAUGCAGACAUUUUCAUUUGUAGAGAAAUGAGACAAUCCCAGCAGCUUGUACAGCCGCCUGCUGCAGCGUCAUUCUUGAUUUGACCACCGGAUGGCACAGUAAUGAAGUUUCAAUUCUUACACAGAACGUUUCUACUGGGUAAAUUAACUGUAUGUUUUGAUGCAUCAACUGGAACAUUUACAUGCAGCUGUAACUGUGUGUAAACAUCAUGAAGCUGACUGUUACAGAGAUAUGAAUGAAUGUAAUUUCAUUCUGUAAAUAUAGAAACUAUACACAGAUUUUCCUCUGUUGGAUAAAGUUAUAUUUUUGCUGUAA